CACUCGUUCGGCCGUCCGAAAGUCUUGUAUGUAAACAAGGUCAAGUAUUCUGCGGCAGCAUUCAUUCCGCGCGUCGGGUUACAGUAGGAGGACAGAUCGCAGAAGUUAAGAAAAUAAAAGAAUCUAAAGCACACCUUGAAACGGAGUCCCAGGUCCCUCUGGAAAAACGUGCCAAGAUGAUGCAGUGUCUUCAGUUCCUUGUUGAGCCAGCAAAGAACAUCACUGUCAAGCUCAAGGAGGCGCGCAAGCGGGCGAAGAACGAGAAGAGAGAGCCUCUGGACGAGAGUCAACUGUUCAUCGCGCAGCUGGCCAGAGACCUGAGCAGAGUGUGUCAGAGGUCUGAGGUGCUGGAGCACAUCUCCACCUGUGAGGAUGUGUGGCCAUCUCUCACCUGCAGAGCGGCUAUCCUGGAGUGGGCCUCACUGCUGGAGAGCAAGAAGCGUCCAGAGCAGACUGAUGGCUGGCCGGAGUGGAAGGAUCUGGCUCUGAGCUGUGAUGUGGACAUGGAGAGUGCCAAGAGGGUCAUCAUCAACUGGGCCAAGGAGAUCCGCGCCAUACCAGAGCAGACGGUCUGGCCUGGUGAGGCGGUGGUGGCCAUGCUGGAUGACCUGGAGGCUCAGUGGCGGCGAGGGAAACUGGACACUCUGCACACAGCCAUGGAGCUGGUGUUCUACACACUGGCCAACCGCGGACAAGACAAGCUGAUGGUAAUGCGGACUGUUUUCCAUGCAGUGUGGGACUGGAUCUGUGAUGCUGGAGUGGAAGUGACCCUUGACCUGGACACGGCGAACCCUGACCUGCUGAUCUCGGAGGAUGAGAAGCGCCUGCGCUGUGGCCGACUGACGGGGCGUGCGGCAACUACCCUUGCUCGGGACGGCUGGUGGUGUGCUGUGGGCGUAGAGGGCUUCUCCGCCGGACGCCGCUACUGGGAGGUGGAGGUGGGUGAGAUGGACUGGCGUCUGGGCGUGGCCAAGGAGUCUGCCCUGCGUAAGGGCUUCAAGUCCCUGAACACACACACGGGCUACCUGACCCUGCGCCUGGAGCGUGGCACGGAGCUGAAGGCGCUGACCGUCCCCUACACCGCGCUGCCCGGCAGCCUGAUCCCGCGCCGCGUGGGCGUCAUGCUGGACACCGAGGCCGGGCAGCUGAGCUUCUACGACGCCAACGCACGCUCCCACAUCUACACCUACAACCAGAGCUUCCACUGUACUCCGCUAUAA